AUGACAACACUAAAACUGGCGCUAACACAGGAGAUACGACUUGAUAACUUAGACAAUGGACCAGGACUUUUACCGUUUAAACUCGGACCUGCAAGAGUGACAACCCAUCACCAUACCUUCUUACAGUACAUUGACUUGGACAGAAUUGAACAUGAAAUUAACGAACUAAGAGGACAACUACUAAAUUUUGAACAUAGACUCUUUAACACUACUUACACGGUAUAUGAGCCCCAAAUUCGCUACCUAAUGAAUAAAACGAAUCAUAUAUUAGAACACUUGCAGACUUUAGAACCUAGCAGGACAAAAAGAGGUCUUAUAGACGGACUAGGAUCACUAGUUAAAAGUAUAACAGGAAAUUUAGAUUAUCAGGACGCUAUAAGAUAUAAUAAAGCACUUCAAGUUUUAGAAAAUAACCAAAAUAAAAUUAAUUCAGAACUUAGUAACCGCGCUAGCUUGAAUAAGGAUUGGAUGAAAGAACAGAGCAGUGUGUUAGAAAGACUAGUUCAAAAUCAAAUAGAAAUUAACAAUACCUUACAAUCCUGGUCUGAAAAAGUUAUAGAGAGAAUAGUUUCCACAGAUACGAUCGUAAUAAUUUUUAAAUUCCCUAUAGUUUCAAAGAGUACUUAUGACUUGUAUAGAUUAUCCUUAGCUCCCAAUAGAUUUCACCGAGUAAUUAUCCCACCUUCUCCUUUCCUAGCAAUUAAUAGAAAAGAAUUUGUGUACAUAGAGGCUGAAUGCCCGAAGUACCAUCACCUGUCCCUUUGUGACGAGACUUCCCACAGGAGGAUACGCACUACGUCAGACUGCAUUCAACAGAUUAUCUUGAGGCAAACUAUCGAAGAAACCUGCAUAUUUUCGACGGUCCAUUUACUAAAAGAAACUGUAGAGCAACUGGAUGACCGCAGCUACAUCAUAUCGUUCCCAAAAGCAGCAAAGGUUCGACUCAGCUGUGGCACAGAAGCAUACAAUGUACUGAAUGGUAGCUUUCUCGUUACGCUACCCCUGCACUGCUCUCUGCAAUCUCCUGAAUUCACUAUUUUAAACUCAGAUGAUGCUAUACAAGGGCAGCCACUGAAAAUUAUGAAGAUAGAACAGAGUAUAGACACCGCAAUACAAGGGACUCCACACUUACAUCUUACAUCUAUAGACCUGAAAGCACUUCAUAGUAUCCAAGAAAAGGCAUCGCUCCGGACUCCCCUACAGAUGGACUCAUUAGAUGAAUCUUAUUACUAUCAUACAACGCUACCCUUUUAUGUUGUAUUAUCCGGCGUAAUUAUCUUCGUCGUUGUAUCUCUAAUCCGUCGUUACAAACUACGCAGAUCAGUAAACAUUGAAGUAGCAAUAGAUUCUAACGAAGAAAAACACACAGAGGAUGCCGGAGAUCAUGCCCGUACGACACCAUCUCAGACAGCCAUUUUCUCGCACAAAAUUGGAAAAUAG